AAUUAGGAUGUUAUCUUAAUUAAAAUUCACCUUUUUUAACCAUUUCGGAUCUUUUUAAGAAAGCCGAAUUCAUAAAGUUGGAUUGUUUUCUUCUAUUUAUACCCUCACUGCUGCUUACUCUUCUGCAAAAGCAAAGCUUCUCCAAAUCAUCAAACUUUCAGUGGCAUCGUUUAGGCGAAGAUGGGAAUCAUAUUUGAAGCUUUUGCUGUGAGCCUUUUGGUAGCGAGCCUAGUGGUGCUUUCUCCAGCAGUUUCUGCAUCAAGCGAUGAUAGGCUGAUGAGAAUAGGAUUGAAGAAGGUGAAGUUUGAUCGAUCAAACCGGGAAGCCGCUCGCCUCGACUCGGAGCAGAGCCUCCGAGUCAAGGCUGUGGGCGGAGGAGGGGCUGAUAUUGUGGCACUCAAGAACUACAUGGAUGCUCAGUACUUUGGAGAGAUCGGCAUCGGCACUCCGCCGCAGAAAUUCACGGUUAUUUUCGACACCGGCAGCUCCAAUCUGUGGGUUCCAUCCUCCAAAUGCUACUUCUCUGUUGCUUGUUAUGUCCAUUCCAAAUACAGGUCGAACAAAUCUAGCACCUACAAAAGCAAUGGAAGAUCUGCUGCGAUUAAAUAUGGAACAGGAUCAAUCUCCGGAUUCUACAGCGAAGAUGUCGUGACAAUUGGCAAUUUAGUUGUGAAAAAACAGGAGUUUAUUGAGGCAACAAGUGAACCAGGUGUGACAUUUCUGGCUGCCAAGUUUGAUGGCAUAUUAGGACUUGGUUUCAAGGAGAUCUCGGUCGGGAACUCGAGCCCCCCGUGGUACAACAUGGUUGCACAAGGCCUUGUUAAGGAGCCUGUGUUCUCGUUUUGGCUCAACAGGAAUGUGAAUGAUGAAAAGGGCGGUGAGCUCGUUUUUGGUGGCGUUGAUAACAAUCAUUUCAAGGGCGAACAUACUUAUGUUCCGGUUACAAAGAAAGGCUAUUGGCAGUUUGACAUGGGUGAUGUUCUCAUUGGUGGCAAAAAGAGUGGCUAUUGCAACGGAGGAUGUUCGGCGAUUGCAGAUUCUGGGACUUCACUUUUAGCCGGUCCAACGACUGUGAUCGCCAUGAUCAACCAUGCCAUAGGAGCAUCUGGUGUGGUUAGCCAAGAAUGCAAGUCCGUGGUUGAAAAAUAUGGGUCAUCUAUGAUGGAUCUUUUAUUGAAAGAAGUUGAACCAGAGAAGAUAUGUGGCCAAGUUGGGGUGUGCGGAGUCGAUGGAGCAAGUGAGGGCAUCAAGAGCGUUGUGGGAGACGAUGAGGGAAAAUCAUCGGGCUUGCGUGAUGCUAUGUGCCCUGCUUGCAAAAUGGCCAUCGUGUGGAUGCAAAGCCAACUGAAGCAGAACAAGACUCAAGAGUCGAUUCUGAACUAUGCUAACGAGGUUUGUGAGAAGAUGCCUAAUGCAUUAGGAGUAUCAGUUGUCGACUGUGGUAGCAUUGCUUCUAUGCCUAUUGUUUCCUUCACAAUUGGUGGCAAAACUUUUGAUCUCUCCUCAAAAGAGUACAUACUUAAGGUUGAAGGAGGCGGGCAAGAACAAUGCAUUAGUGGUUUCACCGGUAUCGAUGUUCCUCCUCCUCGUGGACCUCUCUGGAUCCUUGGAGAUAUAUUUAUGGGUCGCUAUCACACCGUGUUCGACUACGGGAAACUAAGAGUUGGGUUUGCUGAAGCAUCUUAGAUACAAAUUUGAUGUUUGAAACAAUAGUGUGUGGCUAAUAGAAUAUAAGAGAUUUAAUUUGAGUGUAUUCAAACUGGGGAUCAUUAUUAUACUACAUUGUAUUAAUCAUGAAAACAGUCUUUCUUAACAAAAAAAAACACAUGUAUUUCAACAUUCACUUUUUA